AUGUUUGCUAGAACAUCCCUCUGCUCAGCUUGCAAGCGACCGGUGGCCGCCCGCCUGUUGCGGUCUCCACAGAAUCAAUUCCUCCAUGCAUUACCGCGAUUGGGUCUCCCGCGCCGGAAAGACUUCUUCUCCUCCAGCGUUUACCUCGCGCAGCAGCAGCUAAGCACAGAUGACGGGUCCUCAGACAACCUUGAUUCCCAGAAACAGCGACAGCGCGGCGGGAGAAUACCGGCUGCCCCUACAUCACUGCGACGAGUUGCAGUAGAGGCACAAAGAUCGAAGGAUGGAAUUCUUUCGAAGGCCCAGCUCAAGGAAAAGGGCAUUCACCAAUCCAAGACAGUCACUGCCUACGCUGUAGCCGAACAAUUCAAUAUACGCAAAGUACGCGAGAUCCUACAAGAAAAGGGGUAUGAACCUGAUCCGCUGGCCACCGGGCUCUAUCCACAAGUGGUUCACGUCCAAAUACCUAUCGACUCAAUUCGGCGGGUGGGAAAUCCUUCCACUACUGGUCUAUCAUCGGACGAGGUUGGCGAUGUCUUUGUUUUCCCGUCUGGGACAGUAGUGGCAUGGUCACUCCCGGAUGGGUUUACCUCAUUCUUGGCAACGAGAACUCUACUUCCGGCUGCUGAAAACGCCCACGUUGACGAUUUUGAAACUGAAGAUCUCGAGUUUGUCGAGGAUCCUCAGCGAGAAAACAGCAGCAUCAAGGGCGACACAAUCAUUCUCGGCACUAAGUCGGGCGAUCUAGGCCCAGAAACACCCCGCCUAAAUCAACAAUCAAUUGACACGGUUCUAACCAAAGUUGCAUUCUCAUCGGGCCUGGCACGGAGUACCAAGCUCGCAGUUCUUGAGAGCCUUCUAUCGAACUAUUUCGAAUCGACUCGCACCAUUCCCACUCUCCUCUCGCGGGGCUCGCGCCUACCCUUUACUCGGGAUUUUGUCCUUCGCAAGACAGGCCAGUUGCUCAGUGUCCGCGCACAGCUCAAUCUUUACUCGGAGCUUACCGACUCUCUUCCGGACCUCUUUUGGGACAGUCGACAUGAGCUUGGCUUGGAGGAAUACUAUGAACAAGUGGGCCGAGCUCUGGACGUGGGAAUCCGCAUCAAACUUCUGAAUGAAAAGAUGGAUUAUGCGCAAGAGAUAGCAAGCGUGCUUCGCGAGCGUCUCAGUGAAACACAUGGACUUCGGCUUGAAUGGAUCAUUAUUCUGCUCAUCGCUGUCGAGGUUGGCUUCGAAGUGCUGAGGUUGUGGAAGGAGAGGGUCCACGAGCAGCAAGAGAUCGCGCAGAAGCGAUCAUCUGAAGCUGAGAAUGUGUAA